CCUGACCUCAGGUGAUCUGCCCGCAUAGGCCUCCCACAGUGCUGGGAUCACAGGCGUGAGCCACCGCACCUGGCCUUAUUUUAUGUAUUUAAAUCAGUCCAAGUUAUUGCCCACAGUGAUGCUCCCAUCGUUGGCCAGUGGGAACAUCUGGUUGGCUCCCGAGAGGGACCACUCACUUUCCAGACCCUCCAGGACCUGAGGCCAGGCUGAGAUGAUGCUCACAGGACUCGCAUACUGACCGGAACCCCGCCUGAUCGCACGGGAAGUCCACCGGAAACCCUCUUGGAGCCCACUGGAAACCCUCGUGGAGCCCACCGGAAGUUUAGCGAAACACCCUCAACUUCCGUAAGAGCGCAGGAAGUUUGACGGAAAACCGCCGGAAACGGACAGAAAGGAGUCCCUGCGACCCCGUAACCUCCUGUGGCGCCCCCUGUUGGCAGAGUCGUAGCGAGGCCGAAAUGAGGUCCGCGACGAGCAUACCGGCUGCCUGUGGAUGGGUGGGUGUGGGGCUGAGAGGCGACGACAGUGGGGAGCUUCCUCAGCGAUCCUGGGCUUCUCGGGUCAGGCCGACUUCAGUGCGGGCUGGAGGCCAUGCACAAUACCAAGCGCAUGGCGUGGUCCUCAGCUGCCUCGGGACUGGCUUCGCCUCUGCUCCUGGCCCUGGGAUGGGGGCCAAAAGUUUUGGGCAGUGGCAGCAGCAGGAGGAAGUAGUACCUGGAAAACGUAUCUCCUGAUUCGACCCUUCCUGUCUGGAGGGCUGGGCUGUGGUUUGUUCCCAUAGCAACGAACAGGGCUCCCCUGGGCACCAGCCCCUUAGAUACGGUGUGCCCCGGGAGGGCGCUGCAGGAGCUACAGGUCCCUCUGGUGGGAAGGGAGGCGGGAGGUGGGCUGGGGCAGCCCGACUGGCCUGCGUGGAUACACUACGCUUCCUGGUGGGGGACAGGGUGAAGAGGGUUGGUCCCCACCUCUGCCUUGAGCAGAGCUUCCAGUAGGUGAAGCAGUGGGGGUCUCCUGCCUGCCGGAAGGAUGGGUGGGGCUUCCACAUCUCAGCCCAGUAGGGUGGACUGACCGGUCCUCUGACCUCUGGCUCCUUGGAGGAACUGGCCUGAAGUGGGCCCUGGCAUCCCCACCCUCCUCUAAACCACCUCCCUGGAACAUGUGGGACAGGAACCCAAGCGGCAUCUGAGGAGGGCAGGUUCUGCCAGGCACAGAGGGCUCCAGCGUGAUUGCCACUGGUUAAUGACCUGCCACCCCCGCCCCCCCAACCUCUGGUGCCGUCCAAGGACUCUGACCCCAGUGCAGUGUCUGUAGGGAAGAGGAGCCAUGGGGCUUCGGGCAGGCCCCAUCCUGCUGCUGCUGCUGUGGCUGCUGCCAGGGGCCCAUGGGGAUGUGCUGCCUUCAGAAUGCGGCCACUCCAAGGAGGCCGGGAGGAUUGUGGGAGGCCAAGACACUCAGGAAGAACGCUGGCCGUGGCAGGUUGGCCUGUGGUUGGCCUCAGUGGGGCACAUAUGUGGGGGCUCCCUCAUCCACCCACGCUGGGUGCUCACGGCCGCCCACUGCUUCCUGAGGUCUGAGGAUCCCAGGCUCUACCGUGUUAAAGUCGGAGGGCUGACACCCUCCCUUUCAGAGCCCCACUCGACCUUGGUGACUGUGAAGAGGCUCCUGAUCCACUCCUCAUAUCGUGGGGCCACCACCAGCGGGGACAUUGCCCUGAUGGAGCUGGAAUUCCCCUUGCAGGCCUCCCAGUUCAGCCCCGUCUGCCUCCCAGGACCCCAGACCCCCCUCGCCAUUGGGUCCCUGUGCUGGGUAACAGGCUGGGGGUCCACCCAGGGGAGAGCCCUGGCGAGUGUCCUUCAGGAGGUGGCUGUGCCCCUCCUGGACUCGAACGCGUGUGAGCUGAUGUACCACCUAGGAGAGCCCAGUCUGGCUGGCCAGCGCCUCAUCCAGGACGACAUGAUCUGCGCUGGCUCUGUCCAGGGCAAGAAAGACUCCUGCCAGGGUCUCCAGAGGGACCAGAGUCCUUGCCUGGCUCCUUGGCCUCAGCAGCAGAUUCUUGAAGGCACUUGGGGCCCAGGUGUCUCCCUCAAUGCAGACCUCAUGGGGCCCUCCCUCUCUCUCCCCCAGGGUGACUCCGGGGGGCCGCUGGUCUGCCCCAUCAAUGAUACAUGGGUCCAGGCUGGCAUUGUGAGCUGGGGAUUCGGCUGUGCCCGGCCUUUCCGGCCUGGUGUCUACACCCAGGUGCUAAGCUACACAGACUGGAUUCAGAGAACCCUGGCUGAACCUCGCUCAGGCAUGUCCGAGGCCCGCCCAGGUGCCCCCGGGUUCCUCUCAGGCACCUCUGGGUCCCAUCCAGGCACCUCCAGGUCCCACCCAGUGCUGCUGCUUGAGCUGUUGACCAUACGCGUGCUUGGGUCCCUGUGAACCCUGAGUCAUGGAGUCCAGGGUCCCCCUUCUGGUAGGAUUGAUGGAAUCUAAUAAUAAAAACUGUAGGUUUUUUAAAUGUGU